GUCGCCAGCAUGCCUACCGAAUCGCAGUUCCCUCCACUCAACAUUCCCAGCGGUGGCCUUUACGACUUCCUCUUCGAACGCAAGGACCUCGACUUCCCAACCGACAAGAAGAUCUACGUCGACGCGGCCACCGCCCGCAGCUAUACCUACGAGCAAGUCAAGUCCGCCGCUGUCGAGUUCGGCAAAGGCCUCAAAGCUACAUGGGAUUGGCAGAAAGGCGAUGUGCUCGCUCUAUAUACUCCAAACUGCAUUGACACGCCAGCCGUGACAUGGGGUACCCACUGGGCUGGCGGCAUUGUGUCGCCAGUCAAUCCGGGAUACACGGUCGACGAGUUGGCCUUCCAGCUGAAAGAUAGUGGUGCCAGGGCGCUGUUGACGCAAUUGCCAAUGCUGGAGAUGGCUUUGAAGGCGGCGGAGAAAGUGGGCAUCUCAAGAGAAUUCAUUGCCCUCAUAGGUGAUGAGAGGGACAAAGAAGGAAGGGUCAAGCAUUUCACCUCUAUUCGCAAUAUCUCUGGAGCGUCGAGAUAUCGACGGACCAAGAUUGAUGGAGACAAAGAUCUGGCAUUCUUGGUGUACAGCUCGGGCACAACGGGUCUCCCCAAGGGUGUGAUGCUCUCCCACAGAAACAUCAUCGCCAACACGCUCCAAGUCACAGCCGGAGAAGAAUUCCUCAGCAAUAAACCCACCAAGGACAAUCCCGACGGCGACUCGAUUCUCGGCUUCCUCCCCUUCUUCCACAUCUACGGCUUGACCGUGAUCAUCCACCAUGCCCUCUUCCGUGGGUUCAAAUGCGUCGUUAUGGCCAAGUUCGACUUCGAGAGCUGGUGCAAAGCUGUGCAAGAACAUCGCAUCACGAUGGGCUACGUUGUUCCUCCGGUUGUGUUGUUACUGGCCAAGUCUCCGAUCGUGGACAAGUACAAUCUGUCUUCCUUGAAGAUGCUCAACUCCGGUGCAGCGCCAUUGACCAAAGAGUUGACGCUGGCGGCGUACGAUCGAACAAAGGUCCCGAUCAAGCAGGGAUAUGGGUUGAGUGAGACGAGUCCGACGACGCAUAUGCAGACAAUUGAUACUUGGAAAUCCACCAUUGGUAGCGUCGGCUUCCUCAUGCCCAACAUGACCGCAAAGUACAUGUCCGAAGACGAAAAGGAGCUACCCAGAGGCGAAGUCGGGGAACUAUGGCUUUCGGGACCCAACAUCUUCAAGGGCUACCUCAACAACCCCGCUGGCACAGCCAACGCCCUCACCUCUGACAACUAUUUCAAGACCGGAGACGUUGGGUACCAAGACGAGGACGGAAACUUCUUUAUUACCGACAGAGUCAAAGAACUCAUCAAGUACAAGGGAUUCCAGGUUCCACCAGCAGAACUCGAAGGCUACCUGACCUCUCACCCCUCCAUCGACGACGUGGCCGUCUUGGGUGUCCACCGCGAAGACCUGGCCACAGAGGUGCCGAUGGCAUUUGUGGUGUUGAAGAAGGGCGUCGAAGAAGGAAAGAAGACAGAGCAAGAGAUCACCGAGUGGCUGGCAAAGAAGGUCGCAAACCACAAGAGACUACGAGGUGGCGUUCGCUUUGUGGGCGAGAUCCCGAAGAGCGUAAGCGGCAAGAUCUUGAGGAGGGUGUUGAAGGAGAAGCUGAAGGAGGAGGGUAAGCCAAAAGCUAAGCUGUGA